AUGAAGUCGCCUCCCUGCUGCAUGUCUCUUUCUUCUCAAGCAUCCCUGGAGGAGCCAGGGAGUAGCACAUCCCUGGGCUCGCUGGACUGCAGUGUUUUCUCCAGUGAGGAAGAGCAGGGGCCCCUGCUACAGAAGGUCAUUCCCUCCUUGGACUGCUUUACUAUCAACGUAGGAGGCAGCCGCUUUGUGAUGUCCCAGAAAACUUUGUCUUGCUACCCUGACACCCGUCUCGGCAAACUGGCUGUAGUGGUCUCUGCAGCACGGGAUGUGGCCUCUGGCCUCCUUGAGCUUUGUGAUGAUGCCAACCUCGUGGAGAAUGAAUACUUUUUUGACCGAAGCUCACAAGCAUUUCACUACAUCCUGAAUUACUACCAGACUGGGAGACUGCAUGUGAUGGAGCAGCUUUGUGCACUGUCUUUCCUGCAAGAGAUCCAAUACUGGGGUUUGGAUGAGCUCAGCAUUGAUUCCUGCUGCAGAGACCGGUACUUCAGGAGGAAGGAGCUGAGUGAAGCCUUGGACAUCAAGAAAGAUGCAGAAGAACUGGAUGCCCAAGAUGAAGAAGAGGACUUUUCUGGUAGCUUCUGUCCCAGUGUCAGACAGAAACUUUGGGAAGUUUUGGAAAAGCCUGGCUCCUCUGCAGCAGCCAGGACUUUUGGCACUCUGUCCAUGGCUUUUGUUGUUGUGUCCAUUGCCAACAUGGCUUUGAUUUCAGUAGAGCUAAGCUGGCUGGCACCACCACUGCUGGAUGCCCUAGAGUACCUGUGCAUUGCAUGGUUCACCGCGGAGUUUGUUCUGAGGUUCCUCUGUGCACGGGAUCGGUGUCGCUUCCUAAGGAAUGUGGCAAAUAUCAUAGACCUCCUUGCUAUUUUACCUUUCUACAUCACCCUGCUGGUGGAGAGUCUGUGUGGUGGAGAGAGCUCCCAAGAACUGGAGAACGUGGGGCGCAUUGUCCAAGUCUUGAGAUUGCUCAGAGCCCUGCGGAUGUUGAAGCUGGGAAGACAUUCAACAGGCUUGCGGUCUCUUGGGAUGACUAUUGCACAGUGCUACGAGGAGGUUGGCCUUCUCCUGCUUUUCCUCUCUGUAGGAAUCUCUAUAUUUUCCACUGUGGAGUACUUUGUUGAGCAAGGCGUGCCAGGCACAACUUUCACGAGUGUACCUGGUGCUUGGUGGUGGGCAACAACUUCCAUGACAACUGUUGGUUACGGUGACAUUAGACCAGACACUACCAUUGGUAAGGUAGUGGCCUUUAUGUGUAUACUGUCAGGAAUACUGGUUUUGGCUUUGCCUAUAGCUAUAAUAAAUGACCGCUUUUCUGCCUGCUACUUUACACUGAAGAUAAAAGAAGCUGCUCUCCGGCAACGUGAAGCUUUAAAGAAACUCACCAAGAACUCCUCCAGCGAUUCCAAUAUCAACGUCAACUUGCGAGACAUUUAUGCGCGCAGUGUCAUGGACAUGCUGCGGCUAAAAGGCAGAGACAGGGCAAGUACAAGGAGCAGUGGAGCAGAUGAGUUUUGGUUUUGA